GAAGUAGUAGAUGUCAUAAAGUAGAAGUUGAGAACUUGGGGGAAAAUUGCAGGUAUGUGAUUUUUUCUGAGAGUAGUACUGAGCAGGGAAGAAAUUCCAGGGAGAGACAAAGGGGAGCUGUGGUGUCCUUUUGUACUUCUUCAACCUCUGUGGGUUUGGAGGGGGAGGGCAUGGAUAGGAAAUUUCUGGUUAGUAAGGAACAAUUUGGUUAUUUGGUUAGUGAGUUUGGAUGGAAAGUUAGAAGAUUGGUUGAGGAGGAAGAUGAGAUGAGAAGAGUAACCCAAGUACAGGCUGAAGCAUUUCAUGUUCCAGUUGUUCUCUUCAAUGAUUUGUUCUUUGAAUUCUUCAAGGCUGAAGUGUUCUCUGGCCUUGUCUACAAGUUAAGAAACUCACCACCAGAUAGGUAUGCUUGUUUGGUGGCCGUGCCAGCAGAUGCUUUAAAUACAAAGUUGGAAUCUCCACAAGGGCUUGUGGGGGUUGCAGAUGUAACAGUCUUGAGAGAUGAAGUUGUCCUCAGGCAUCUUGAAGGAGCAGGAGAAUAUCUUUAUGUUUCUGGAAUAGCAGUUUCAAAAGAUUUCAGGAGGCGGAAGGUAGCAUCUGUGUUGCUUAAAGCCUGCGACAUGCUCUCACUUCUUUGGGGUUUUGACUACCUUUCUCUGUGGGCCUAUGAAGAUGACUUCGCAGCACAGAAAUUGUAUACUAAUGCAGGUUACAGAGUUGUUUCAGGAGAUUCACCAUGGAUAACUUCUUGGAUAGGAAGGAAGCGAAGGGUUCUAAUGAUCAAAAGGUCAACCUCAGGUACGUCUGAUAAAUCUUCUUAUAAAAAAUUUCCUUGUCCUAUACAUUUAAACUUGAAUCAUAUCCAAUAGCUUAGCUGCAGGAAACUUAAACU